GCCGCUGGCGAAACAGACAACCGGGCCCACUACCGGCCCGACCACCCGCCCCAAGCGUCCCGCCCGGGACUCCUAGCGAGACAUGACCCCCGACGGCGCCGCGCCCGACGCCAGCCCCCUUCACGCGGCCACGCCCGGCGCCGGAGCCGGCACCGCGUGUCUCGACACCGUCAUCGCCCUCUACGACUUCCCCGGCACCCAGCCGGCGCACUUGCCCUUGCAGUUGGGCGACACCGUGCACGUGCUCGCCAAGGCCGCGUCCGGCUGGUGGGACGGCGUGUUGCCCGGCGCCGCGGGCGCCGCCGUCCGGGGCUGGUUCCCCCGCAACUACGUGCGCUCCGUCAACUACGUGCAGCCGGUCUUGGACCGGCUCCAGUCCAAGCAGGAGAUCGACUCGCUCACCGCGGCCAACACCGCGGCCAACGUGCUCAUCCCGCUGUUCACCAGCUUGCUCCAGAAGAACUGGGGGCCGCUGGCCCGCGACCUGGCGCCCGCCACGCGCAAGAACUCCGUGGUGUCGUUUGCGCUGUCGGACGCCAGCGGCGAGCCGCGCGCGGAGCCGCCGCUGCCGCCGCCGCGUCUGGGCUCGCCGCUGCGCGCGAACCAGGCCUCGUUCGCCUCCACGCUCUCGUACAGCGGCGGCUCCGUGGCGCCGUCGCUGGGGCUGGGCUCGUACGGCGCGCUCCCGGCGGCCGGCGCCCGCGUGCUGUUGACGCCCGUGCUGGCCGCCGAGGACAUGGUGGCGCGCUGGAAGGACGCCGAGGGCAAGAACGUCAUCUGGACCCUGCGCCUCGCGGACAACGGCAGCCUCGUGUACUACUGCGAGGAGCUCGGCAUCCACUGCGCGGCGCUCCCCUUGGCGCGCAUGAGCCCGGCGGCGGACUCCGCCGGCGUGUGCGUGGACUUGCCGUCGCGCGAGGCCACGGGCGACGUGUCGCUCGCGCUCAAGCACUUCCCCAGCGACUUCGGCGCCGCCUUGGCCAGCAUGGACUUGGCGCUGAGCUCCCGCUCUUCGUUGGCGGGCAAGUCCUUUGACGACUCGGCCGCCCGCGGCUCCACGUCGUCCACCAUGUCGCAGACCAGCGCGUCCUCGUACCACAACUUCUCGCGGCCCUUCUUCAUCACGCCCGGGCUCUUCUACUCGGACUUCUCGGACAUCUCCCGCUGGACGGACCUCCGCGACCACCACAACUACCUCCUCGACUUGACGUGGCGCGCGCUCGAGACGUCCAACAAGCAGCUCUUCGCCAUGCACUUGUCGGAGUUGACCAAGACCGUGUCCAUCAUGAUGAACGCCGCGCGCUUGACGCAGCCGGACUUCGUCGACACCAGGCUCGAGAGGUCCAUCCGCCACCGCGUCCGCAGAGUGUCCGAGGCGUUUGCGCAGAUGUACAUCAACAGCUUGUUGCACUUGAGUGUCAUGCACUACUCCGACGGCCUGGUGGGCGAGGAAUACCUCACCCUCGGCAUUCACAACCUCAACAAGUCCACCAGCGGCGCCCCGCACGAGAGGCCGAGCGCCUCGUCGCGGGGCUCGGGCGACACCACCAUCCAACAAUUCCCCGCCUCCUCAAAGAACAGCGCCUCGCUAUCCUGCGUGGCGUCCGGCGACGACUCCUUCGUCUCCUACUUGCUGCAGAUCGAAGGCAACAUUGCCAUGGUCCGCUCCAAGAUGAACAGCUUGAUCGACAUCUUCGUGAACUUGUCCAAGGAUAAGCAGGUUCACGCCCGUGACUAUGACAGCUCCGACAUCUCCGAAGACGAGGGCGAGGACAGGUUCAACGUCUUGCCGCAAGUCUACCCCCGCUUCAUUUCCAAUGAGUUCAAUGGAGGAAACUGGUGCAAUCCCUUCUUCACGGGGAGCCACCGCUUCCUCAAUUUGAGCGGGGACCACUUGAAGAACAAGUUCCAUCUCAAAACAAUCAUCGACAACACCGCCUAUGACCGCGCAAAGUCAUACACGGACGAAGUCAAGAGAUUCACUGACGAGACGUUGGGCUAUCUUGAUGCCUCGAAGCAGCACAUGUACUACAACGAAGCAUUGUUGAAUUCCCGAAACGAGGACAUCAUCAGAGUCAUGUACAAGUACCUUCAUCAUGCAAGUCACUUGGUUGACCUCCUCGAAUCUUUCGACUUCACGCUCUUCAGUCUCGUUAAAAAGGCCUCCUCAGAUGAGUCGGCACCGGAAGAUGUUCUGGCCAGAAUCAACACGUUGGAUACCACCGUGGCGUUCGAACACCCGGUCGUUCUAGAGUUUUUCCAGAACAAGCAAGACCUCCACGAUUCUCUCGCGAAAAUCAUCAUCAAUAUUCAAGCUCUCACACUAGAAGACCCAGACGCCUUUGCAAGUAUGAAGGAUGAGGAUUUCAGUUACAGCCGUGAUGCCAUGAAAGAACCACUUGAAAAGUCUGCUAUGCUUUUGAGUCAAAUCUUAUCAAAUCAACAAAAAAAUAAGCACGAUGAGCGCAUCACCUUCGAUCAAGAUUACGCGUUGUAUGAAAUGUUGGAAAACGGUGCCUCGAUUUGCGACAAUAUAUUGUCUAUAAUCAAGGUUUUGAUCGAGGAAAGAGAAACAGUCCUCAAUUACGCUACGCGUGUGAUGCAUGAUAACUUCAACGUUGAACUUCUCAUUAUUGAGCGCAACAACACAUCUGGUGGUCUCAAACCAGAAGAUACUGGCGGUCAGUAUUUUGGUGAUAACAAGAAGAAGGAUGACACUCCCUGGUUCUUGGAGGGCGAUGACGAGUACGACUUACUAGUUGACAUGAAUGGAAGUAUCAAAGGAGGUACACGAAAAGCUUUGGUGGCACACUUAACGCAUCACAGCACACUCGAUAACGCUUUCAACACGAUUUUCUUGAUCUCUUUCGCAACCAUCAUGUCUAUAUCCGAGCUUCUUGAUUUGUUGAUACAAAGGUUCCAGAUCGAAGCCCCAGAAGGAUUAAGUUAUGAAGAAUACCUUCAAUGGACGCAAAUGAAACAAGAUCGCAUUCGCCUCAAAGUGUUGAACAUGAUGAAGCUUAUUCUUGAAAACCAUUGGUCAGAAUCUUUUAACAUCGUGAGCGUCUUACAAAAAUGGCUUAAGUUUUUAAACCGGCCGGAAGUACAGACAUUCCCUAUCACCAAAAGACUUGUGCAAGAUAUCGAGAGAGUACAAAAUGGCGAGACGGUUUCCACCGGGCCACAGCCAUUGAAAGCUACAGAGAAAGCCCCUGCUCCCCUCAUUAAAGGGUUUUCUUUGAGAAAGACGCGCUUGUUGGACAUUGAGUACGUGGAGUUGGCGCGACAGUUGACAUUGAGAGAAUUCAAGCUUUAUUGUAAUAUCUCAAAACUCUCGUGUAUCCACAAAGUUUGGGGAAAGCGGUCUGGGGUCAAUGAAUCGAUUUCGAGCAUUCAAAACUUUAUCAGGUCCUCGAACCAAUUGACAAAUUUUGUGGCGUAUCUGAUCUUGAGGAAGGACGAUACGCGGAAAAGAGUGAAGGUCAUACGUUAUUUUGUGCAAGUGGCUGAGUGGUGCCGCCAGUACAACAACUUCUCGUCAAUGACCGCGAUCAUUUCUGCUUUGUACUCCUCGCCUAUUCACCGAUUGAAAAGGACAUGGGCCUUUGUGACCAAAGACAUCACGAACCGGUUGCAAAACAUGAACAAACUCAUGAAUUCAAGUCGGAACUUCAACGAAUACAGAGACAUGUUGAAGUUUAUUGGCUCGGAACUCUGCGUACCCUUUUUCGGUGUUUACCUCAGUGAUCUUACAUUUGUUUACCACGGGAACCCGGAUCAUCUUUUGAACCGGACACGGAUGGUGAAUUUUGCCAAGCGUGCGAAGACGGUGGAGAUCGUAACGGGUAUCGACCGCUUCAAACACGUCCACUACAACUUCCAUCUAGUACCGGACAUCCAAACAUUCAUUGAUCUAUGGUUCGACAAGUGUCCCACCAUCGAUGAGCAGUAUCAGCUCUCCCUCAAUAUCGAGCCGCGGGAGGAGAAACCGCGUCACGGCUCAGCUUCAAAUGCUGUAAAGCAUUCGUCAGGCCGCUAGCCGACAGACUGGUGUCCUGCGUAUACGCGGCGCAAUUGCGCCUCCAGUCGGUUUAGUUCGACUUGGUGGUUGUGAGCUCACAGCACCUGACCGAAAUCAAGAAAAUAGGUUCGAAAG